AGGACCUCAGUUGAAUCUCGCCUUGGCGAAUCUAGUGGGAGUCACAGAUAGCGAUACGGAAAUAUCCCCUAAAAGUUAUCUGACUAAGGAUAGUUGUGUUCCUACAAGAGUGAAAUCUUAUUCUUGUGGUAUAUAUAACAAGACUUUUCCCCAUAGAAGUUUUGUUCAUACUGCUGAGAAACAUUACUCUUGUAGUUAUUUUCUCANUCUAACUGAACAGGGUCUUGCUCACAUUGGUGAGAAACCUUAUUUUUGUAGUAUAUGCAACAAAAGUUUUUUGAAAAAAUGUCGUCUAACUGAACACAGUCGUGUUCACACUGGUGAGAAACCUUAUUCUUGUAGUAUAUGCAAGAAGAGUUUUUCGCAAAAAAGUCAUCUGACUAAACACAGUCGUGUUCACACUGGUGAGAAACCUUAUUCUUGUAGUAUCUGCAACAAAAGUUUUUCACAAAAACUCUCUCUAACUGUACACAGUCGUGUUCACACUGGUGAGAAGCCUUAUUCUUGUACUAUAUGCAACAAGAGUUUUUCGCAAAAAAGUCAAUUGACUGAACACAGUCGUGUUCACACUGGUGAGAAACCAUAUUCUUGUAGUAUGUGCAACAAGAGUUUUUCGCAAAAAAUGUCUCUAACUGUACACAGUCGUGCUCACACUGGUGAGAAACCUUAUUCUUGUUGUAUAUGCAAUGAGAGUUUUUCGCAAAAAAUUUAUCUGAAUAAUCAUAGUCGUGUUCACACUGGUGAGAAACCUUAUUCUUGUAGUAUAUGCAAUAAGAGUUUUUCGCAAAAAAGUGAUUUGACUAAACAUAGUCGUGUUCACACUGGUGAGAAACCUCAUUCUUGUAGUAUAUGCAACAAAAGUUUUUCGCAAAAAAGUCAACUAACUGUACACAGUCGUGUUCACACUGGUGAGAAACCUUAUUCUUGUAGUAUAUGCAACGAGAGUUUUUCGCAAAAAAGUAAUCUGAAUAAUCACAGUUGUGUUCACGCUGGCGAGAAACCUUAUUCUUGUAGUAUAUGCAACGAGAGUUUUUCGCAAAGAAGUAAUCUGAAUAAUCAUUGUCGUGUUCACACUGGUGAGAAACCUUAUUCUUGUAGUAUAUACAACGAGAGUUUUUCGCAGAAAAGUAAUCUGACUAAACACAGUCAUGUUCACACUGGUGAGAAACCUGAUUCUUGUAGUUAAUUCUUAACCCUGUGUUCACCGUUGACACUGACCUUACGUGAAACACCCAGUGUCGAAACCCCGGUUUCGAAAUGUUGACCACGAUUCAAAAAUUGUAUUUUUCAUUCUUUUUGGACACUCUCUUUCUUAACUGGGGGUUUCUUAACUCACUGUUAACUUGCACUCCUUGUUAGAUUUACAGCUUUAUUAACUGUGAUUGCUUUCAAUUUUCUCUGCUAUUUUUAAAACAAUUUUUCUAUGAAAGAAUUAAAAAUAGAUUGCAUUGAGUAAUUAAAUUUGAAUAACUCUUUUACUGGACAAAUGAAAAAGAUGUUAAGUUUUGUUUUCUAACUGAGUUGCAUAAAUGAGCAAAAGGAACUAAGUAUUAUAAUUAUGAAUUUAGAUAUUUUAUUAUUAUGGAUAUUGAAAAGCUGCACGCAAGCAUAGAAAUAUUACUAAAAUUCAAUUAAAAAUUCUUUUAUUCUUAACAAGGAUCAAGAGGAUUAUGCUACAUCAUUCUUUUGCUUAUUCAAAUUUUUAAUAGUUAACAUAUUAUUAAUAACAUAACAUAUUAUCAAUAACUUAAACCAUUGAGAAAAAUUUUCCUUUUUUCUAAAAACUUAAAAAUGAAAUUGUAUAAAAUAAACUUCUCAGCUCAGAUAGGCAUAAAUCAAUGCAUUCCUACUGUUCAAAAUAAGCUAGAAACGACUAUUAUUGUGCUGCCUCUGCCGAUGAUAGAGAAAUUUACCUUCAGAGAUAUGAUGAAUAACAUAACGAUUAUUUUGAAGGCAAAUGUCACAAUAUGAACAAAUAUUCCAAAACUUUUAAAAAAAUCAUCAAUUUAAAAAUUUUAUUUUUUAAGUAAUUGUAAAUAAAAAUAUAUCAGUUGUAUAUGCACCAGAUGUCAUAAAGUAACCAGGCC